UCUAGCGGCCUAGGAUAAUUGCUUAUUAUAUGUACUGCAACAUUCAGAAUAGAGGAAUUCUUAUUAUAUGUGGUUAUUGAUGAAAAGAGGUGAAGAAAUCAAACAACAAACAUCGUGAUUCUAGUGUCGUUAGGAUAAUCAAAUGAUGUCAGAAAUUUCGCCGACAGCUUUUUACUAUGCUGAUGAAUUUGAUUUCCUUGAACAUUUGCUGCAACGGAAACGUAAUAACUUCUUCACAAUGGUGGACCAGGGUAACCCAGACUGGAGCAAAGAUGAUAACCGUGACCUAUUGCGUGGAAUGAUGAUGACAGCGUGUGAUGUAUCCGCAAUAACCAAGCCUUGGGAAGUGCAACAACGUGUAGCUGAGAUGGUUGCAAGCGAAUUCUUUGAGCAGGGUGACAUGGAAAAGGAUCAAUUGAAUCAGCAGCCUAUUGCAAUGAUGGACAGAGACAAGAAAGAUGACCUUCCUAAGAUGCAAGUCGGCUUUAUCGAUGCCAUUUGUUUGCCUGUGUACAAGGUUUGUUUUGUUAUUGAGAUUUUUUAAAGAGGAUUUCAAAUAUUCAGAGCUGUUUCAAGAAAAAUUAUAUUGAGGGUUAUGUUAAAAUGUUAAAGUUGCAAAUUACUUGUAAAACUUUGCUGUAUAAUUGUCUCAGCAACACAACCUGAUAAUUAUAUAUUUCUGCAUCCUAAGAGUCCUGUAAAUACUCUAGUGACAUGAGCUAUUGGUUACAUGUUUCACUGUAAAGAAUUACAUGAACCAAAAUUGUCAUUGUAUUUAAAUAACAUAAAUUUAGUACCAGCAUAUGUUUUAUAAUAAUACAAUUUUGUAAAUCAUAUUUUUUGUGAACUAUUAAUUAUUUUUAUGUUGAAUAUUAUAUACUGUACCCCAUACGUAGAUUCUGGGCAUCCGAUUGGUUAAGAAUCAUGCAGUAGAAAUUACUAUUCCCCUGAAAAAUAGCACUUUUUUGACCUGUCACAUGGUGCAAAACUCUACGACAUGAGAGAGCAAAAGCACCAAAAGACAAAUUUAAUAUGUCUUGUCAAUAUUCGAAACAUAUUGCAAGACGAUAGGUGCUGUUGAAAUUGAGGAAAAUGAGUAAAAGAAGAGCUGGACACACUCUUUGAUUGCCUAGUAGGUCUAGGCCCUAGUUAGUAGGCCUCUAGCUAGGCUAGGCUAGGAAGUAAGUACUUUUUUAGGCCUUGUAGAAUCUAUGUAUGAGGUAUAUAAAACAAUAUUGACUGCUCUAGAUUCGGGGAACUGUGAAAUCUAUUGCCCCUCGGUGAUGUGGAGACCGUAGCCUACCUUUCCUUGGGCCUUUGGUCCCCUGAAGAAAGCUACGAUUUCCACAUCACCUCGGGGAAAUAGAUUUCACCGUCUGAACGGAUUGUCAUUAAAUACUUUGCGUGCGUCGUCAUGUUGCGUCCUUCAUAGAAUCGAGUUAGCAGAAGACCAUCGGGUGCUGUGAGUGGCUUAAUGUACAAAACAUCAUAGCAUGUUGGAUAUGAACUAAUUUUUAUUUACUUUUAUUUAUUUAUUUAUUUUUUAAAAUUUUUUUUAUUAUUAUAUUUUUAUUUUAAAAUGUUAUAUAAAUUAUUGCAUGCUAUUUAAUUUUUAAUGACGCUGUUAGGAGAGCCACUUGUUAUAUUUUUCCAGAAAUUAAAUUUGAAUUGAAUUGAAUUGAACAUUUUGGCUGAAAAUAACAGGAAGAAGUUGUUAGGAAAAAAGAUACAUUAUUGCAAAUGGGAUAUACUGGCAUCUGAUUGGUUGAUUAUGGACAAGGUCAACAUGCUAAUCAUUAGCUGCCAUGAUCCAUUAAUUGAUCCUGAUUGGCUUAUCCUGAUAUAUACUGGCAUCUGAUUGGUUGAUUAUGAACAAGGUCAACAUGCUAACCAUUAGCUGCCAUGAUCCAUUAAUUGAUCCUGAUUGGCUUAUCCUGAUCAGCUUAUAUCAAUCGGGCAUUCUCACGUGCAGUGCUAACUAUUAAGAAUGGUAGCUUCCAGUCAGGAUGAAAAUGCUCUGGUGUGAACUAGGCCGAAAAGAGUAGGGGUUAUCUCCCAGUGUAUUGCCCAAUUCACCACCAGAAGGAUGCCACUGGAAAUAAGUCUUAUCCAAUCAAAAUGUUUAAAAUGCUCUCUCUCUCUGAUUGGUGGCUGUGCUGUGUGAUCCCUCAUUGAAUCUUUACACAUUUGCUAUCAGUUAGAAUAAAGAGUGGGUACUUCAAAUUCCAAACAAGGAAAUGUAGCAUUAUAAUGCAUUGCUACAAAAUGCAUAUAGAUAAAACAUUUCCCAUCAGUUUGAAAUUGAAGAACUUGUAAUAGACUUAUAAACAUGUGGAAAAUAUUAAAUCUACAUUCGUAUAUAGAGUGAACAACAAAACCUAACACAGCAUCACAGGCAUCCUUUUUUAGACUUGCAGGUUCCUGAACUGAUCAAUUCAAACACAGUUUCUUUCCUCAAACAAUAAAACACUGGAAUGAUUUGUUACCUUCAAACACUAUGAUGUCCACCAUUGAACAAUUAGAAAAAAUACACUAUUUUUGAAAAAUAACUAUAAAUUAUCAAUUUGGAUGGAAUGAGCUGCUGAGCGGAAAUCCAAAUGAAAAAUGAAAAGAAAGGAAAAGAAAAAUAAUUGAAAUGAAUAAUAAGAAAAUAAAUGUGAAGGGAAAGAUAAGGAAAAAUAAGAGAAAGAAAGGAAAAUGAAAUGCAAGAAAACAAGUUCUUGUAAUCUCAAAUGCUCCAAUGAGGGCAGCAUAAUAGAGGCAGUGGAGUAUAAUGGCCCUAACAACCGCCUGCACCAAAAAAAUCUAUUAAUCAAUCAGCAUGUUUCUAGAGCUUCUGAUGCAGUAGAGUAUAUUGGCCCUAACUUCCGGCCAUACAAAAAAAAUCUAUUACUGAAUCAGCCGAAUGUUUCUAGAGCUCCUGAGGCAGUAGAGUAUAUUAGCCCAAUGGCCGCCCAUACAAAAAGAUCUAUUACUCAAUCGCUGAGCGUUUCUACACCUCCGGAGGAAGUAAUGUAUAUUGGCCCUAACGGCUGCCCUACAAAAACAAUUACUCAAUCAGCCGAGUGUUUCUAGAGCUCCUGAGGCAGUAGAGUAUAUUAGCCCUAACGGCCGCCCAUACAAAAAGAUCUAUUACUCAAUCGCCGAGUGUUUCUACAGCUCCGGAGGAAGUAAAGUAUAUUGGCCCUAACGGCUGGCCAUACAAAAACAAUUACUCAAUCAGCCGAGUGUCUAUAGAGCUCCUGAGGCAGUAGAGUAUAUUAGCCCUAACGGUUGCCCAUAUAAAAAGAUCUAUUACUCAAUCGCCGAGUGUUUCUAGAGCUGAGGCAGUAGAGUAUAUUGGCCUUAACGGCUGGCCAUACAAAAACAAUUACUCAAUCAGCCGAGUGUCUCUAGAGCUCCUGAGGCAGUAGAGUAUAUUAGCCCUAAUGGUUGCCCAUAUAAAAAGAUCUAUUACUCAAUCGCCGAGUGUUUCUAGAGCUGAGGCAGUAGAGUAUAUUGGCCUUAACGGCUGGCCAUACAAAAACAAUUACUCAAUCAGCCGAGUGUUUCUAGAGCUCCUGAGGCAGUAGAGUAUAUUAGUCCUAACGGCCGCCCACACAAAAAGAUCUAUUACUCAAUCGCCGAGUGUUUCUAGAGCUCUGGAGGAAGUAAAGUA